UCAGAGAAGAGGCAGCUCUCAGGACAGCAACCUUCACCGCUGCAUCAGGAGGUGAUCGUGGAUCCCUAAUCGACAAUUUUGCCUUUUGAAUAACGAGUUGGCCGCCUUCUGGACUCGGUUUAGGCUGAUGGAUUAAAUAACCGCUUCAGAGCGCCUUCCUCCUUUUUCUCUUCACACCUGAGGCUGCUGCACUUAUUAAACAUGCAGGAUGCACACAAACAUGUGUGAAGGAUUUUCAUGUUGCGUUGCUCACCCUUGGGAAUAACAGCGGAGCUUUCAAACAGGAAGGUUAAAUAAAGUGAUCAGCUUCCCUGGAAGUCCUUGGCAGCGUUUGUGCUUUUUCCUAUUUUUUUUCCCCCUGUUAUGGGUGUUACUCUAUGAUCGUGUGAGCGUGGAGUUGCCAGCCGGGAGAGUCAGGACUGAGGGGGAGCAGUGCCACUCUGGAACAUGGUGCCUCAUUGCUGUUCAGCCACGGUCCUGGUGCUGGUAGCGGCGGGGCUGGGCUGCCUGGUGCUGUCCUCACAGGCCGACAGCUUGCCAAGUUUCAUAAAAUCCCCGGAGGACCAAAUAGGGAUUUCGGGAGGGGUGGCGUCUUUUGUGUGCCAGGCAGCUGGUGAACCCAAACCGAGGAUCACAUGGAUGAAAAAGGGGAAAAAAGUCAGCUCUCAGCGGUUCGAGGUGAUUGAAUUUGAUGAUGGGUCAGGGUCUGUCCUCCGAAUCCAGCCCCUGCGGACGCACAGGGACGAGGCGAUUUACGAGUGUACAGCCACAAACAGCAUGGGAGAGAUCAACACCAGUGCCAAACUCACAGUUCUGGAAGAGAACCAGAUACCUCACGGGUUCCCCACCAUUGACAUGGGUCCUCAGCUGAAGGUGGUAGAGAGGACGCGGACAGCCACCAUGCUGUGCGCCGCCAGUGGGAACCCUGACCCCGAAAUCUCCUGGUUUAAAGACUUCCUGCCCGUAGACAUAGCUGGCAGCAAUGGGAGAAUCAAACAGCUGCGCUCAGGAGCCCUGCAGAUCGAGAACAGCGAGGAGUCCGACCAAGGGAAGUACGAGUGCGUGGCCACCAACAGCGCGGGUACACGCUACUCCGCCCCCGCCAACCUCUACGUGCGAGUCCGCCGCGUCCCUCCCCGCUUCUCCAUCCCCCCCACCAACCACGAGGUGAUGCCGGGCGGCAGCGUGAACCUGACCUGCGUGGCGGUGGGCGCCCCCAUGCCCUACGUGAAGUGGAUGGCCGGCGUGGUGGAGCUGACCAAGGAGGACGAGAUGCCGGUGGGCCGCAAUGUGCUGGAGCUGACCAACAUCCGCGAGUCUGCCAACUACACCUGCGUGGCCAUCUCCUCCCUGGGCAUGAUCGAGGCCACGGCGCAGAUCUCGGUCAAAGCCUUGCCAAAGCCCCCGACAUCCCUGAUAGUGACCGAGACCACCGCUACCAGCGUCACUCUGACGUGGGACUCUGGGAACUCCGAGCCCGUCACCUACUACGUGAUCCAGUACAAGGCCAAGUCCUCCGAGUCUGGCUUUCAGGAAGUGGACGGGGUGGCAACCACUCGGUACAGCAUCGGGGGCCUGAGCCCUUACUCCGAGUAUGAGUUCCGGGUGAUGGCGGUCAACAACAUCGGGCGGGGCCCCCCGAGUGACAUUGUGGACGCACGCACCGGGGAGCAGGCCCCCUCCUCGCCCCCCUUGCACGUCCAGGCCCGCAUGCUGAGUGCCAGCACCAUGGUGGUGCAGUGGGAGCCCCCCGAGGAGCCGAAUGGGCAGAUCCGCGGCUACAGGGUCUACUACACCACCAGCCUGCAGUCGCCUCUGAACACCUGGCAGAAGCACAACACCGAUCACAGCCGCCUCACCACCAUCCCCAACCUCACCCCCGACACCACCUACAGCAUCCGGGUGCUGGGCUUCACGUCCGUGGGAGACGGCCCCCCCUCCGACGUGCUCCAGGUCAAGACUCAGCAGGGCGUCCCAGCCCAGCCCUCCAGCUUCGAAGCCGAAGCGGAACUGGACACGAGAAUCUUGCUGACGUGGUUGUGGCCCGUGCAGGAGUCCAUCACCAAGUAUGAGCUGAAGUACUGGGAAGCAAGCUCUCCCAAUAAGGAGAUCCAUGUUACCUUCAAUCCUACUGGGUCCUAUGCAGUUGAGGGCCUGAAGCCAGACACGCUGUACAGGUUCUCUCUUGCUGCCCGCUCAGAGAUGGGUCUGGGUGUGUACACGCAGCCGAUUGAGGCCCGCACUGCACAAUCCACCCCCUCCGCACCCCCUCAGGAUGUGCAGGCGGUCAGCCUGAGCUCUACCAGUAUCAAGGUGAGUUGGGUGGCGCCCCCUGCUGGGAGCCGCCAUGGAGCCAUUGCCCAGUACACCGUCGCCUAUCAGGCUGUGACCGGGGAGGACGCCGAGAAACAUGAGGUGACAGGGCUAGCGCCAGAGGCCUCCAGCUAUGUCCUGGAUGGCCUGGAGAAGUGGACGGAGUAUCGGGUGUGGGUGCGAGCUCACACAGACGUGGGGCCGGGACCGGAGAGCCUCCCAGUGCAUGUGCGAACCAACGAGGAUGUGCCAGGCGCACCCCCCAGGAAAGUGGAAGUGGAGGCGGUCAACUCCACUGCCAUCCGCGUGACGUGGAAAGCCCCCCUCUCCACCAAGCAGCACGGCCAGAUCCGGGGGUAUCAGAUUAUCUACUCGCGGCUGGAGAACGGCGAGCCCCGAGGACAGCCCAAUAUCAUGGACGUCGCGCUGCCCGAGGCGCAGUGGAAAGUUGAGGAGACUACGGACUAUGAGGCAAUUAUAACUGGACUUCAGUCAGAAACCACGUACUCUGUUACAGUAGCAGCAUACACAACGAAGGGGGAUGGAGCACGCAGCAAGGCCAAAGUGAUCACCACUACCGGUGCUGUGCCAGGCAAGCCAAGCAUGAUGAUCAGCACCACUGUAGGAAAUACGGCUCUGAUCCAGUGGCAGCCGCCCAAGGAGAUGGUGGGCGAGCUGAUCGGGUACCAGCUGCAGUACAAGCGGGUUGAGGAGGAAUCGUACAUUGUUAGAGACUUCAAGAAGACCGACGACCACUACACUGUCACGGGGAUGCACAAGGGAGCCACCUACAUCUUCAAGCUGUGUGCCAAGAACAGGGCAGGCAACGGAGAGGAGUUUGUGAAGGAAAUCACGACCCAAGAGGACGUGCCCAGCGGCUUCCCCCAAAAUCUACGAGUGGUGGGGCUCACCACCUCCACCACUGAGCUGGCCUGGGAGCCUCCGUUGCUGUCGGAGCGCAAUGGGAAGAUUGUGCAGUACAUCGUGGUCUACAGGGACAUCAACAGCCAGCAGAACCACACCAACAGUACCUCCGACACCUACAUCACCAUCAGCGGCCUGCGGCCCGACACGACCUACGACAUCCGUGUAAGAGCCUUCACCAGCAAAGGUGCCGGCCCCAUCAGCCCCAGCAUCCAGAGCAGGACCAUGCCUGUGGAGCCAGUGUUUGCCAAGAGCUUCCAAGUGAAAGCUGUGAUGAAGACCUCAGUGCUGUUGACUUGGGAAGUGCCGGAGUCCUAUAAGUCUCAAGUUCCUUUCAAGAUCCUUUACAACCAGCAGAGUGUGGAGGUGCAGGGCAAGCUGAAGCGAAAGCUGAUCACCAAGCUGCAGCCCGACACCGACUACUCCUUCGUGCUGAUGAGCCGGGGCAACAGCGCGGGGGGCCUGCAGCAGGUGGUGUCCAUCCGCACCGCGCCCGACUUGCUCAAAUCCAAGCCGGUCAUCUACAGGGGGCAGGAGGAGGACGGCAAGCUCACCCUAGAGAAAAGAGACUCUAAGACGUUUGCGGCCAGCCCUUACUCAGACCCCAUAACGGUGGAGGUGGUCAACAGGAUGCCGAGACAGCCGGAGGAGCCGGAGAUGUUGUGGGUGAUGGGGCCGGUCUUGGCCGUCAUCCUCAUCAUCAUCAUUGUCAUCGCCAUCCUGCUGUUUAAGAGGAAGCGGGCCUCUCCAUCGCCCAAGGAUGACCACUCCGGGGGGGUGAAGGACUCCCUGCUGGCCCACUCCUCCGACCCCGUGGAGAUGCGGAGGCUCAAUCAUCAGACCCCAGGCAUGAGAGAGCACCCUCCCAUCUCUGUCUCUGACCUCGCCGACCACAUUGAGAGGCUUAAGGCCAACGACGGAUUACGCUUCUCCCAAGAGUACGAGUCUAUUGACCCUGGGCAGCAGUUCACCUGGGAGAAUUCCAACCUGGAGGUGAACAAACCAAAGAACCGCUAUGCAAAUGUUAUCGCCUACGACCAUUCCCGUGUCAUCCUGACUUCUGUCGAUGGUGUGCCAGGCAGCGACUACAUCAACGCCAACUACAUUGAUGGGUAUCGCAAGCAGAAUGCCUACAUCGCCACCCAGGGCCCACUGCCCGAGACCCUGAGCGACUUCUGGCGCAUGGUGUGGGAGCAGCGGACCAACACCAUCAUCAUGAUGACCCGGCUGGAAGAGAAGUCCAGGGUGAAAUGUGACCAGUACUGGCCGAGCCGAGGCACCGAGACCUACGGCAUGAUCCAAGUCACGAUGCUGGACACUGUAGAACUGGCUACCUAUAGCGUCCGCACUUUUGCUCUCUACAAGAAUGGCUCCAGCGAAAAGAGGGAGGUGAGGCAGUUCCAGUUCAUGGCCUGGCCAGACCACGGCGUGCCCGAGUACCCCACGCCCAUCCUGGCCUUCCUGCGCAGAGUGAAGGCCUGCAACCCUCCCGACGCCGGGCCCAUGGUGGUGCACUGCAGCGCGGGGGUUGGGCGGACGGGCUGCUUCAUCGUGAUUGACGCCAUGCUGGAGCGCAUGAAGCACGAGAAGUCCGUGGACAUCUACGGCCACGUGACCUGCAUGCGCUCCCAGAGGAACUACAUGGUGCAGACGGAGGACCAGUACAUCUUCAUCCACGAGGCUCUUCUGGAGGCAGCCACCUGCGGCAACACGGAGGUCCCAGCGCGCAACCUGUACGCCCACAUCCAGAAGCUGACCCAGGUCCCUCCGGGGGAGACGGUCACCUCCAUGGAACUGGAGUUCAAGAGACUGGCCAACUCCAAAGCACACACCUCCCGGUUCAUCAGUGCCAACCUUCCCUGCAACAAGUUCAAAAACCGGCUGGUCAACAUCAUGCCCUUCGAGUCGACCCGGGUGUGUCUGCAGCCCAUCCGAGGGGUGGAGGGCUCCGACUACAUCAACGGCAGCUUCAUCGAUGGGUACAGGCAGCAGAAGGCCUACAUUGCCACCCAGGGACCCCUGGCAGAGACGACUGAGGACUUCUGGAGAAUGCUGUGGGAGCACAACUCCACCAUUGUGGUGAUGCUGACGAAGCUGAGAGAAAUGGGACGGGAGAAGUGCCAUCAGUACUGGCCUGCAGAGCGCUCAGCCCGGUACCAGUACUUUGUGGUGGACCCCAUGGCUGAAUACAACAUGCCCCAGUACAUUCUGAGGGAGUUCAAGGUCACCGAUGCCAGGGAUGGCCAAUCCAGAACUAUUCGCCAAUUCCAGUUCACUGACUGGCCAGAGCAAGGAGUGCCAAAAACUGGGGAGGGAUUCAUUGAUUUCAUUGGCCAAGUACACAAGACCAAGGAGCAGUUUGGACAGGAUGGACCAAUCACUGUGCACUGCAGUGCUGGUGUAGGCAGGACGGGCGUCUUCAUCACUCUCAGCAUCGUGCUGGAGCGCAUGAGGUACGAGGGGGUGGUGGACCUCUUCCAGACGGUGAAAACUCUGCGGACUCAGCGGCCAGCCAUGGUGCAGACAGAGGACCAGUACCAGCUGUGCUACCGGGCUGCACUGGAGUAUCUGGGGAGUUUCGAUCACUAUGCAACAUAACUACUCCUGGAUACCUCCCCCAACCCCCCACCCCCGCCCACCGAUGACGAAAAGAAAAGAAAGCCCAUUCAGGAGUACGAAGUGUUCCUUCUGAGCCAUAUUCACCCACCCGAUUGUGUCCAGAAGCUGCCAGAGGGGAGAGGAGAGGAGACGAGAGGAGGGGAGGGACGAGGCGCGAGCAGGAGUCCGUCCGUCUGGCCAGCCCCCAGUCGCGGUCCUCGCAGGCUUUCAGACCCUAGACAGAGAUUUUAACAACGUUCUUCUGAUUCUACUCUGCACAUAACAUCCCUCCCCUUUUGUUUAUAUGCUACUGGUAGCAAAUAUUUUUUUUUUACACUCUUAUUCUCAUUCUCAUUAUUGUUUAUUUAGAUUUUGUAUAAUCAUUUACACUGGUAAUUAUUUUCUGAGUCUUAAAGGCCUAUGCUAUGGGACCUUAUAUUCCAUAAGUGGUACUAUUUUUUAUUUUAUAAAGUUUUUGUAGAUUAUUUUAGCAUAAGGGAUGUGCAUUUUAAGCACGUCCCUGAAUACUAAUCCCAGAGAACCACUAUUCUCUGAGCUGCUGUUGAUUUUAUGUUUUUUUUUACCAUGAUCAUAUUAUUAUUGUUGUUUUUAUUUUCCUUGUGUAUAAUUGGUCUUAUCCAGCGGAAAUGGGAGUUGAACUUUUAUAAACCUUUUCACUUCCUGGUACUUUAUAAAAAAAAAUAAAAAUGGAAAAAAGAAAUUAUAAACCAGAGUUAGUGGUACUAUAUAAACCCAUUAGGAAUUAAAUAAUUUUAAAAAAAUCAGCCAUGUACAGAUUCUAGCUUUGUUCUCAAUAGCUGUUUAAUGUGAUUUUCAAAAAGGAAACCCUACUGCUUCAAGACCUUUAUACACAGUGAAAGAGAAACGUUUGGAAUUCACAGAUUCCUGUUUUUCGCACACCAGCCAGUGAGCUGUAACAUCACUGGCUCCAGUCUGGCCUUGCACACAUCCGUGUGAACCACAGCCGUGCAAAAAUGAUGGAGAGCACAAGACCGAAGGGAGCAAGCUCUCUGCCAGGGGGCACGAAAAGUCCCGACAUUCGAAAUCAAGACCUACUGUACAUUAACAAAGAACCUUCCGGGGAUCAAGAGGUGUCUUUUUUUUCCCUUGGACUGGCCUGCUGUUAUUUUUAUAAAUAUAUAUAUAAAUAUAUAUAAACAUAUAUACAGUUCUUGCUAUCCUGCAAAAGCAGCAACUAUUGUUAAAUAUUCCACUUGCAAAUAAUCCCAGAUUUUCUUGACAAACCAUUGUGGGGGAAAACCCCAUAACAAGAGGACUUCUGUUAUUCAAUCUGUAUUAACGGUACAAUGUUAAAACUACUGUAUUAUCAUUGCUCUCACCGAGUCGGAGAAGAUGACCUUCUUAAACAUAGCGAAGCAGCACAAAUGGAUGGUGGAGGAUUUCUGCAUUUAAUCAAGUGUUUAUUUCCGAAUGACUAAAAUCCAAGAGCCGAGAUGAUUUGGAUACGAGGGACUGAAAUGUUGGCAACGCGUUCAUUUUUACCUUGUGUAUGCAUAGUGCUGUAGGGGUUAAAUCUGUUGUAUACACAGUCUGUUUUCUAUUUGUUAAUAAAAAAAAAUGUUGCAAAAACCUUGAUGUUAAUAAAGUUGAAUAAUUGGGUUUUACACAAUCCA